GUGGGCUUCAGUUCUCGGCGAUACCUUGCAGGCGGAAGAAGUUCGUUGGAUACUCGAAUCAUCAUCUUGAUCAGCAGCAGCAGCAGCACACUACAUAUUACGACUAGCGUGUUGUUCACCUGAAGUGCCGAAUCAACCAACACCUAUCUCCGGAAGCGCAGAUGGCCGGCUUGAUCCAGCGACACGGUUCUGUCCUAGUGCGUCGAUUUCUCACCAAUGGAAAGCGGAUUACCAACAGGGCACUCGCGGUGACGCAGUUCCACACCAGUGCCCAACUGGACAAAACCGUUUCGUUCAAUCUCUCGGAUAUUGGAGAGGGCAUCCGUGAGGUAACAGUCAAGGAGUGGUUCGUUAAGGAGGGUGAUGUCGUCGAGCAAUUUGACAACCUGUGCGAAGUGCAGAGCGACAAGGCGUCAGUCACGAUCACCAGUCGGUACGAUGGCAAGAUCCUCAAGUUGCACAAGAUGGUCGACGAGAUCGCAUUGGUUGGAAAGCCAUUGCUGGAUUUCGACGUUGAAGAUGAGGAGGGUGAGGAUAGCAGCAGCAGCAGUAGCGGGGAAAGCAGCUCCGAUGAAGAGGAGGUCAAAGUGCAAGCUGUGGCGACAGGUGCGGGAGCUGCGGCAGCGACCGCGGCAUCUGUGAUCUCAAGCGGAAAGGUUUUGGCAACGCCUGCUGUGCGGAGAAUUGCCAUGGAGAACAAGGUCGAUCUACGCGAGGUGAAGCCUUCAGGCAAGCACGGACGCGUUCUUAAGGGAGAUGUUUUGGAGUUCUUAAACAUCAUUCCACAAGGAACGGUUAAGCCACAUCCGACCUUGGCUCAAGCUAAACCCAGUGCGACUGCUCCCUGUUCCAAGUCUUUCGAAACUGUUGUGCCAUUGAAGGGCGUGGCCAAGGCAAUGUAUAAAUCUAUGUCGGAAUCACUGAAAAUCCCGCACUUCGCCUAUAGCGAUGAAAUUGACGUCUCGAAUCUGGUGAAGGUUCGGGAAGCCCUCAAAGCGGAAGCCCUGGCCCGCGGAGUGAAGCUCACCUACAUGCCCUUCUUCGUCAAGGCAGCGUCCAACGCGCUCAAAGAAUUCCCGCUCGUCAACAGCUCCUUCGAUGAACCCAACGAGAGCGUUAUCUUCAAGUCGUACCACAACAUCAGCAUUGCCAUGCAUACGCCGCAAGGCCUGGUGGUUCCAAACGUCAAAAACGUUGACAGCAAAUCGAUCCUCCAGAUUGCGGCAGAUCUGAACGCCCUACAGGAACGCGGUGCCAAGGGAACUCUCACCCCUGAUGACUUCCUCAAUGGAACCUUCUCGCUAUCCAACAUUGGAAUCAUCGGAGGCACCUACACACACCCCUGCAUCAUGGCCCCGCAGGUAGCCAUCGGCGCCAUCGGACAGACCAAGGUCCUACCUCGCUUCGACGCCUCCGGCAACGUGGUCCCGGCGCACAUCAUCAACGUCAGCUGGUCGGCCGAUCAUCGAAUCAUCGACGGCGUCACCAUGGCCUCCUUCUCGAACGCGUGGAAACGUCAGCUGGAGAACCCAAACCUCUUUCUACUGUCGGCGCAGUAGGCCUAUCAGCAGCAACCCAGCAAAAA